UUUCACUUCUCGCAUUCCCAGUGUAGGGCUGGAUCUUUUACUCAUUGCGACUUUUUAAGAGCUACUGUUUGGCCACCAGCGUGCCCCAGGGUUCAGUCCGCACAGUACCAGGUGGCCUCAUCAUAGCCCGAGGGGGCUCCUCAGAUGCAACCGCCAUCUGACAGAUGGGCAAUUCAGGCACAGGGCAAAGGGGUCACAGAGCUCAAAGGCAGCAGGCUCACUCUAGAAUGUGUGAUUCUAAUCUAACCACAGUCAGAGUGGGAACUGUGGUCUUAGGGCACGUAUUCACUUAGGGAUUAGAUUCUGUCUUCUAACGUAACAGAACCCCCACCACCCAAACAGUUGUUUCACUGAGAGGCAGGCAUGGGGGGAGCUAUGCCAGGCUCCUCUGUGCUUCCCUGGCUCCCUGCAGCCCUGCCUUUUAAUCCAGCCAGCCUUGCGGUAACCAGGUCACCAGGAAUGGGCAGUCCCAUUGAGUGGUUCUGAUUCAGGAAUAUGGCAUCUGUGGACACUUCUUUCUGCUCUAAGAAAAGUUGACAAGCGGAGAAGCACGGACAGCUCUUUGCCUAUUGAUGUGGGCCCUGAAGAGCCCAUGAUAGAUGGCUCUGUGUGCCUGCAGGGGCCAGUACGAGUUGUCCUCAACUGUGACCAAUUUUUUGAAGAAGAAGAGGCAGAUGGAUGGAGAGGAAAUAAACCCAGAAGCUCAGGCAAAGGCUGACAGAGGGCCUAGUUGGUUCCAGUUAGCUGUGUGCUUAAAAAAUGGUUAAAUAUUAAUUUAGUUUUUUUCAUAUCAAAGGGCAAAAUUCAAAGCAAGGAGGGCUAGGCAGGCUCGGUGAAGAGCGCUGUUAGUUCAGAGAAACAGCCAGGAGGCCUGCACGCCAGCGAGUGUGAACAAUUUGAUCUCGCUCCUGCCGGGGCUCCCUCCCAAAUGGCCUGCCUUCUCCAAGCAUUCCGCAGAGUUUAUGCAGUGGUUUUCUUUUUAGGGCUUUGGGGGGUGAUUGUGGGUGACAAGCUGCUGGUGGUGCCACAGGAUGGAAGCCACUGGCUCAGUAUGAAGGACAUAAUUGAGCCUCUCAGUGAGAAGGGACAUGACAUCCUGGUGCUGGUGCCCGAGGUCAAUCUGCUUCUGAAAGAAUCCAAACACUACAGAAGAAGAAUCUACCCAGUGCCCUACGACCAGGAAGAGCUGAAGAGCCGUUUCCGUGCUUUCGGGAAUCAGAACUUUGCUGAGAGGUGGUUCCUGAAUGCCGCCCUGACGGAGUACAGAAAUAACAUGAUUGUCAUUGACAUGCUCUUCGUCAACUGCCAGAGCCUCCUGCAGGACACUGACACCCUGACCUUCCUCAGGGAGGGGAAAUUUGACGCCCUUUUCACAGACCCCGCCUUACCCUGUGGGGUGAUUCUGGCCGAGUACCUGGGCCUGCCCCUUGUGUACCUCUUCAGGGGCUUCCCAUGCUCCCUAGAGCACGCCAUCAGCAGAAGCCCGAACCCUGUGUCCUACAUCCCCAGGUGCUACACUCAGUUCUCGGACCAGAUGACUUUCCCCCAGCGGGUGGCCAACUUCCUCGUCAAUCACUUGGAGACCUCUCUGUUUCACCGCCUCUAUUCCAAGUAUGAGGACCUUGCAUCGGGCGUCCUCAAGAGGGACGUGCACCUGCCCACCUUGUAUCGGAAGGGCUCCAUCUGGCUGUUGAGAUAUGACUUCGUGCUGGAGUACCCCAGGCCAAUCAUGCCCGGUAUGAUCUUCAUCGGGGGGAUCAACUGCCAGGCCAAGAAAGCCCUGCCUCAGGAAUUUGAAGCCUAUAUUAACGCUUCUGGAGAACAUGGGAUUGUGGUUUUCUCUUUGGGCUCAAUGAUCUCAGAGAUUCCAGAGAAGAAAGCCAUGGAAAUUGCUGAUGGUUUGGGCAAAAUACCUCAGACAGUAAGGAGAUUUCCUUAUAUCUACCUUCACAAGAGUUCUAAGCCCAGACUCCCAGUUUCUAAUUAAUUCUAUUAGAUAGACUUUUGAUUUGGUUUCCCUGCCAUUCCCAGUUAUUAAUCCAAAGUUCUUCUUUUUGAUAUUUCACUCUCAGAC